AUGAGAUUCUCAGCCAUCUUCAUUGCCAGCCUUGUUCCGGCAACCGCCUUUCAGCCAUUCCCCAUGAUCCCCACGACAACGUACGUUACCCCCACAACGUUGUUCGCCAACUCGGAGAACAUCCGUGCUGCCAUGGACGCCUCGGAACGAUACGGUCCCACGUCACCCGAAGCCAGACUUGCCUGGGAAACAGUGGAAGAGUUUGAUGCGAAUGCCAACGCAGCCAAUGCGUACAGUGGCAAUGAAGAAUACCGAUUAACCGAGGAACAGCUGGCGAACGCCUAUCAGGAAGUACAACAAACAAUGGAAAUGCUUCUGCGACGGACCCAGCACUGGAAUCGACAAUACAAUGAGUAUUUCAUGAAGGACGUGAUAGCUGAGCUGCAGGCCAUCAAGUUGGCACCGCCCGAAAAAAAGCCAGCGCCUCAGAUUCCAGGUCUCUGGGAUUCCAAGUUGAAGGCGCGAGCUAUCACGCAACAGUACGGAACGCAAUCCAAAGAGGCGCAACUGGCAUGGGAAGAAGUGGAAGAAAUUGCUGCGACCGGAUUGCAAAAUGCCAUGGGAGAUGCCAACAGUACGCUUAGACUCAAACUCGAUCUGAAUCAAUUUUGAUGCUCAUAGUUGUUCAGUCUCACUCGGUCGCCAAGGCUUGGCUUGCUUCACUGGGUCAACUUGGUUAGAAGACAAUAGGUUUCAUCACAACUUCCGUAGAUAAUCGAGUCAACCUGGGCUCUGAACCCCCCGACCGUGUUGAAAAAACUUCAUCAGAAGGUUGCAUGGCCCGCUGGAACGGUACGACUGUACUAGCUAGUAGUACCAGUAAGCCGGAAACACGCUUGGGAACGGUUUCAUUGGUGGUACAAGUGGAAUCGGUAUUUACCAGCUCUGCAUCGUUAUUACGAAAUGGCAUUAAAUCUGCUGGUACCGUACAUGUAUGUAAA